AUGGAGAAAGAACAAGAGCUUAUGCUCAAACAAGCUCUUAUUGAGCAAGAAUUGGAAUUCUUCAGAAACCAAUUAAAAACUGUAAGACUAUUUAUGUCUGAACAUCAAAAUGAACUUUCUUCUCCUUCCUCUCCUAUGAGUCAAGAAGAAAAUGUAAGUGUUCAAAAGAACAUCGAACAACAAGAGAUAGGUAUAUGUAAGCAAAAAACCUAUCUGCCCCGCAAAGCCAUGGAAGAAAAGCUUGAAAGAGUCGAUAUCCUCCAACUAGCAAAAUCUAGAAUUGAAAUCUUUAUCAAUAAAGUUUUCAGUUUUUCAGCAGAUGACAAGAUCUUUGUCAAUGGAUAUGAUACCAAUGAAAAGACCUUAAUCUAUAGCAAAUACAGGAAAGAGAUUUCUCUGGCCGACGAACAACUGUUCUUAGCCUUCCAAAACUCCCUAUUAAAGCCAGACUUAAUCGGCGAACACGUGGCAGACAUCUAUAAGACGCUCUAA